AUGGAAGAAAGAGAGGAGAGUAGUUCACACGAACAUCUGAAGGAGAAGUUGAGAGAGCUUGAGGAGGAAUGGACAGCCAUGAAAACAGGUAAAAACUCAUCUGCGGUUUCAUGGAUUACCGUGGAAGAUGCUCUUGAGUAUGUCGAAAACUCUCCCAGAAACCUAAUGCUCUCUCUCCAACACAAACCAAAGGCAGAGAUGAUACAAGAAAUAUCGCCAUUAAGGAGAAAACUCUUUCACGACUCUGAUGAUGAUGAUCAAACUAAGAAGACGACAUUGCUUUCUCAUUCAUCUUGUUGGUCUUCGAAUGUGACGAGUUCGAGUGAUACCACGAAAGCAAAGAAGAAGACAACGAUUAGAAGAUUUGUUUCUGUUACAAUGGUGCUGCUUUUGUCAUGGGUUUUAGUUGUGUUGAUGAACCACUUUGAUCAUCUCUCCAUGAAUACACAAAUCAUUACUUUGGUUCCUACUUGA